AUGUCUAUCACAUCGGCUGUGGCCAUUCCAACCAUCACAUGCAAGGCAACCGAUGAUAGAUAUUUCACAUAUGACGAAUCCAACAAUAGCUAUAAUAGCGAAGCCAGUCAACAACGUACGAGUCUUUCCAAAGCCAUUGGCCAAGACGAAGUCACAAGAGAAAAGUUGCUACAUGCCCUCGACUUCUCAGGAGGGGACUGGUUCCAGAAGCCUGCGCCGAAGAAACUGAAUCCCACCACUUGGGUCUCUGACCACAGUGGGGAAUGCGAGUUACGGUUUUUGAUCCAGGCCCAACCCGACGGUGAGGAAAACAGUCGAACCGCUGUUCAAAAUACUACCUCCCGUUUGACUGCGGAUAUAGAGAUGAAGUAUGGUCCUAGAAAAUUCUGCCUCGAACAUAUGAAGCUUAUUGGAGAUUUUUUCUUUCCUUCUGAUCCACAAGGCAACCUAGCGUCGUGGCACAGCUUUGCUACCUCAAAGACUAUGGAAAAGUGGAAGAUCUACUUGAACCCACGGGCCUCUGGCAUGGAAAACACUUUCAAUACCACGCAACAAGCUCUGGAGCGUCUAGGGUUAACCGAACCAUAG